AUGUCGGCUGUCGAACGGAAAUUAAACAAUACAAAACUGAUUAAGAAAUGUCAGAUCAUUCGAGAAGUUGAGAAGGGAAUGACCAACAAGGAGGCCUCAGAGAAAUAUGAGAAGCUGCUUCAAGGGUUGAAGCAAAGUUCUUCAGAAGCCAAGAAAAUGCGAGGGUGUGAUUUUGAGCAGGUCGACAAGGCAGUUCAGCAAUGGUUUACGUUUCUACGUAGCCAAAACGUACCGGUUGAUGGCCAAAUGCUGAAAGAGAAGGCAUUACAAUUCGCUAAAAGCUUUGAUUUCCCGACCUUUAAAGCAUCAGAUGGUUGGCUGGACAAGUGGAAAAAAGGGGACUUGCAUUCCUUCGCCAUCACCAAGAUUAACUGCCUUUCCAGUCACAGUUAUGCUACAUUUCCCAUAGGGAUCACUACAGCAUGGCACAACAUUUCGUUGAAAACCAUUGGUGGCGAAUCGAAGUCCGUUACUCCACAUAUGACCAGUUCUUGGAAUGAAACAACUUUACCAACAAUUCUGUCUAACUAUAAGCUGGAAGAUAUUUUCAAUGCUGACGAGUUUGGUCUUUUCUACCAAUGUCUCCCAGAUAAAACUUCACUUCAAAGGAGAAAAGUGUUCCGGGGGGAAGAAAAGCAAAGUCAGGUUUACCGGAAUGGCUGCAGCAAGUGCGAAAGGAGAAAAAUUGCCUACGUUCGUGAUCGGAAAGUCGAAAAAUCCGCGAUGUUUCAAGAAUAUCAAGCAUCUUCCUACCCAGUAUACAUCGCAAAAAAGAACUGGAUGAGCAGCGAAAUCUUCGAAGAUUGGGUACGUAAAGUCGACCGAAAAUUCCGGGUAGAUGGUCGAAAAAUUGCUCUCAUUAUCGACAACUGCCCUGCUCAUCCAACGUUGUCCAAUUUGACCAACGUGCAGCUUGUCUUUCUGCCACCAAAUACGGCGUCUACCUUGCAACCAAUGGAUCAAGGUGUCAUUCGCAGCUUCAAAGCGUAUUAUCGCGGAAAGGUUGUACGUCUGAUUUCCAGAGCUCUCGAAGAAAAAAAGCCUUGUCCAAAGAUAUCAAUUCUGCAAGGAAUGAAGUUACUGGUAGAUUCUUGGCAACUCGUAUCCAAAGAAACCAUUGUAAACUGUUUUAGGAAGGCUGGUAUCACCCCUGGUGGUCAACAGGCUGCCAUUGAUGAUUCUAAUGACCCGUUUAAAGAUCUUCAAGAAAGCUUGAAUAACUUGAGGAAAGCAGAUUCAUCAAUGGUGCCGAGUGAUGUCACCGCCACUGCUUUAGUGAGCUUGGACGACGACGUCAUUGCAACAGCGCCUGAGAUGAAUGAAGAUGAUAUCGUGAGCAGGCUGAAGAACCAAGAAAACGAAGAGGAAGAGAGUGGUGAUGAAGAGAUCCAAGGUGGAGAGAUGUUUGACCCUGUGGCGGAAAAGCCUUCGAGAUCUGCGAUUGAAUCAGCUUUAGAAGUCUUGAAAGAUGCUGCCAUGUUCAGUGACAAAAGUGGACAACUAUACUUGAUUAAGGACCUUCUUAUAUACAGCACAUUUACAAAUGAAUGGCGCUAG